AAAAAAAAAAAAAAAGGUUUGGGACGUCAGGCACAUCUGUGCGAAGUCAAACUUUCGGACGCCGCAAGGCGCACGCACGACUUCGUCUCGAAAAGUUGACAGUUGUUAGCCGUCGUUGUUUUGAAGAAGGAGGCAUGGCAGCGAGUCUCGUGUGGAGCGAAGAAAGUGACAUGUUGUGAAAGCCCAACGAGGUGACUUUUCACCCCCCCCACUCGCCGCAGAAGAACUUGACGGUCUCAUGUCCACGGAGAGCGGCCACCCUACGCGUGGGCCAGCCGGGACCCCCCAGCUGGAGACUACAUCCCAUUUGCCGCCCCUCACUCACGAUGCCUGUGACUCCGAAGCAUCGUCCAGUCACGUGACCCGGGAGGACCACCGCGGGCCAAUAAGAACGCAACCUCAGAUUGAAAAAGGACAAAAUGGCGUUGGGCUCACCGACACUGGCGCCGGGACAACGUGCAAAUGCUCACGCGCCAACGGCACCGGCUCCGGCGCCACGGGAGGGCCGACCUCAGGCACGAGGUUGUCGGCGGCGGCGGCUACGCCGACCACCAAGGAGCCCUUCACGCCGGUUUCGCAGAGGAUGCAGCGCAAAUUGAAGUCCAGCCUGUCGGUCAACAGCGACGGCAGCCGACGCAGCAAAGAAAGCUCCACCGGCUCAGCAAAAGCGCCUUUGCCCGAAGACUGCUGCGUCCACUGCAUCCUCGCGUGCCUCUUCUGCGAGUUCCUGACGCUGUGCAACCUGGUGGCGGCGCCGGUGUCGUGCGGCCCGUGCGCGUCCGAGUCGUCGUGCUGCUGUUGCUGCGGCGGCGGCGCAGAGGACGUGGGCGACGACUGCGACUGCCCCUGCGACAUGGACUGCGGCGUCAUGGACGCCUGCUGCGAGUCGUCGGACUGCCUGGAAAUCUGCAUGGAGUGCUGCGGCAUCUGCUUCCCCUCGUAGGAUGGACGACUGUUUUUUUUGGGGGGUGCGGGGGUUUGGUUUUACGUGCGAUACCUCCUGAGUGUACUUUUUGAGGGACCUUUUGGCCUCGGAUGUUUCGUCUGUUACUCUCCAAGUACUACAACACUGUAAAACGUGACCUCUGAAAGCCCCCCGGCCCCCCACAGCUAUUUUACGACUACAAUUCUCCAUCUUACCAAUUUUGUAUGAAUGCAUUUUUUUUUUUUCACUCCCAGACGUUGCUCAUUUUCUUGCUGUUGUACAUUAUUUUGGAAUGUCAAAUUUAAAAUAAAUACCAGAAUGACGCCAUCCUGUUUGUGCUUGCUUGUAAUGUUCACUGUUUGCAUUAAA